UUCCAUUUGUAUAUACAAAUUUAUUUUUUUUUUUCUCUUUCAUCUUUCCCUUAUCCUAAAUUACCCUAAAUUACCAAAAUAUAUAGCCAGGUGUAUUGGCUGCUCGUCCAGGUAAAUCUUAAUUAAUUGUUAUUUUCUUUUUUUUUUUUAUAAGAGAUCUUAUUUAAAUUUAAUUCCGUUCAGUUGAAGUAGGAGAAAAUGUUGCUGUUAUGGUAGAUAUUGAUGGAAAUUGUCGUAGAGGUUAUUUAAAAAAUUACACUGGAAAGAAAUUGUUCGUCGGUAAUGGAAAAAUGCUUAUGAGUAGACAUGAAAUAUUUUCAUCAAAUCCAUCAGAAUUAUCAGGAAUAGGUGUAUUAAUGACUCAACCAUUAUAUAGAACUCCAUCGAUAUCAACUUCAUUAUCAUCACAUCUUUCAUCUCUUAUAUUUCUUCAAAAUAAACCAAGUAUUUUAGUUGGUCACUUAUUAAAUCCUCAACCAGGAGAUAAUAUUAUAGAUAUGUGUGCUUCACCUGGUGGUAAAACAACUCAUAUCGCUUCUCUUUUACUACGAAAUUCUUCAUGUAAUUCAGAUAAAUCUAGUGAUGGGAUUAUAAUUGCAACCGAUAGAUCUAAACAAAAAGUUGAUAAAAUUAAUCAAAAUGCUGUUAGAUGUGGUGUAAAACGAUUGGUAAAAUCUUUUGUGUUAGAUGCUACAAAAUCUAUAUUAUCAGACAAUGAGGUAAUUAAUUUUAAUCUUAAAGAUUUGAAGUGUGGUGAUCAAAUUAAAGGAUUUCCAAAGGAAUUUUUUGAUCGUAUAUUAUUAGAUCCUCCCUGUAGUAAUCUUGGUCAACGCCCAAAUUUUUCAAUUAAUGUAAAAUUAUCAGAUAUAACCAUUACUAUACCGGAUUAUCAAAAGAAACUAUUCACUUCUGCCUAUAAAUUAUUAAAACCUAAUGGAGUUCUAGUAUAUUCAACUUGUACAUUUAAUCCAGCAGAAAAUGAACAAGUUAUUUCUUGGGCUUUAAAAAAUUUUCCUGGUUUAUCUCUCAUCGAACCUGAAAUAAAACUUGGUGAUCCAGGUCUUGUAGGUACCGGAUUAAAUGAAACUCAAAGAUUUAUGGUUCAAAGGUUUGAUCCUGGUAUUAAUAGCGGUUAUGAUACUAUUGGUUUCUUUAUUGCAAAAUUAAAAAAAAUACAUUAACGUUACAAAUAAACUGCUAUAUACAUUUAUUAAUUCUAACGACUCUAACGAUAAUAAUUUUUUUUUAAAAAAAAAAUUCUUAUAUUUGAAGGUUAAAACAUUAAAGUAG